GUUGUCCUGAAGCAAAAUAUCCCAAUUGAGGUACAUGCGUCGGAGGUGUACAUCAGGACAAUGUUUGAGAAAUUUGGUGAAGUGUUGUAUGGAUGUGGAUCUUAUGACCUAAUAGAAGUCAAGCCACGCUUGGAGUACAUUGCUAGGCACAUCAAAUUUCAGUCAAAGGAAAAAUGGUGCAAGAACGAGUUUGUGAUCACUGUGAGCGAGGCAGCCGACGAGUUCAAGUGUGAGUGUGGGACGUCUGAGCACUAUGGAAUGGUGUGCAGCCAUGCACUUAAGGUGAUGAUACACCUAAAACUGCGUGAGCUCCCUGUGAAGCAUGUGCUGAAGCGAUGGACAAAAGACGCGACAGAUAUACUGCCGCCAGAGUAUUUGCGCUACCAAAAGGAUCAUGGGCCGCUCAAGUAUUCCUCUCGCCGACACAACACUUUAUACCUCUUGGCGCUGGAUGUUGUUAAGUUAGGUGACAGCAAUGUGGAAGCAUAUGCUCUUGCUGAGGAAAAACUGCGACAUGUCAAAGUGUAGCUGGAGCCAGUUGCUGCUGUGAGGGAUGGACUUGGGUUGUUUGAUAAGGAGCUGGCCGCAGAUUCAGCGGGUUCCGGCGUUGGUAACAAGCAGCACUUUGGUCGACCUGAGUCUAAGCACACCAUUUCACAGGGAUCGGAUGUGUUCCCAGCUGCAUCAAAGAAGCGGCCGGCUGGGCGCCCUACAACCAGCCGUGACAAGGCUCCAUAUGAACAACCAUCAAAGAGGACUAGGUUUUGUUCAAUAUGCAGACUUCAGGGGCACAAGAGCACGACAUGCCCUGCAAGGGGUGAUGUGCCAAAGGCGCCCCGGAAAUCUCCUCGCUGCUCAAAAUGUGGUUUGACCGGGCAUAGGAAGAACACAUGCAGCAACCCCCCGAAAGUAUGAAAAUUCAGAAAUUUUAGUGUUUUUUUCGUUGUUAUCCUGAUGGUAUGCAUUUGUCUAUGUGACCCCUCUGCUGUUAGAAGCCAUACCUAAUUUGAACAUCUAGAAAAGCGAGGGUCGUGCACUGUGUCUGGCACUAUCUGUUUGCUUAUGAUGUCGACUCAUCUCAGGCUGUUGACACAUUUGUUUAAUUUCCUGUCUUAAGUCAAUUAGAAAAAAAU